AUGGAGACCAAUUUCAUUGGCAUGGCUUUUGUGUGCGUUUGUGUGGCCAUCAUAGUAAGAGUUUUCCACUCUCGUGACCUCCCUCCAGGGCCUCUCCACCUUCUCAUAACCAACACCAUCCUCUGUUUGCUAAAGCCAUUACCAGAACUUGAGCCAAUUCUUCGGAACCUCCAUGCCAAGUAUGGCCCUAUCAUCACUCUCCACUUUUUGUUUGGUCCCAUUAUUUUCAUAGCAGAUCGCUCUCUUGCCCACCAAGCCUUAAUUCAAAACGGAGCUGCCUUCGCUCACCGCCCUAAAUUCCUAUCUUACAAGAGCCUCAUCAAUGACCAUCUAAGCAUCACUUCCUCCUCUUACGACGCCGUUUGGCGUGUCCUUCGCCGCAACCUCACCUUCGAGAUGCUUAACCCAACCCGGUUUAGAUCCUUUUCUACAGCACGCAAGCAUGUCUUGGAUGACCUUCUGAAUCGGUUGAAGUUUGAUGCAGAAUCUAACCAUUCUGUUAAGGUGAUCGAUCACAUUCGACACGCCAUGUUCUCACUGCUGGUCUUCAUCUGUUUUGGUGAAAGUGUUGGUGACGACCACAUCCAAAACAUCCAGCACGUUCAUCGCCUUUCUAUUAUGGGCUUCAGCAGAUUUAGUGUACUAAAUCUGUUGCCAAAGGUGGUCUCAAGCAUGUUGUUUCGAAAGCGUUAUCAUGAGCUGUUGCACCUUUGGAAGGUGCAAAAGGAUCUGUUGGUUCCACUGAUAGAAAAGAGACUAGGAAAAAUCAAAGAGGACAACGAUCCUAAUGAGUGCACUACUUAUUAUGUGGACACAUUAUUGAAUUUGCAAUUGCCAAAAGAGAAUCGCAAGCUUCGUGAGGGUGAAAUUGUUACGUUGUGUUCAGAGUUUCUGUAUGCAGGCACAGAUACCACUUCAACGGCAUUGGAGUGGGUGAUGGCGAAUUUAGUGAAACACAGACACAUGCAACAGAGGCUUGUGGCAGAAAUUGGUGGGUUGGUGGGUGAGAGAGAGGAAAGGGAAGUGAAAGAGGAAGAUCUAAAUAAGUUGCCAUAUCUUAGGGCUGUGAUUUUGGAAGGGCUAAGGCGACACCCUCCUUCACUCGUCCUUUUGCCACAUGCAGUGACUGAGGAUGUGGUUUUGAAUGGCUACUUAGUGCCUAAACAUGUGACAGUUAAUUUUAUGGUGGCAGAGAUGGGGUGGGAUCCAAGCGUGUGGGAAGAUCCCAUGGAAUUCAAGCCUGAGAGGUUUCUUGGCAUUGAGUUUGACAUUACUGGGAGCAAAGGGAUUAAAAUGAUGCCUUUUGGAGCAGGGAGGAGGAUUUGUCCAGCCUAUAACUUGGCCAUGCUUCAUUUAGAGUAUUUUGUGGCAAAUCUGGUUUGGAAUUUUGAAUGGAAGGCUCCAAAUGGAGAUGAUGUUGAUUUGUCAAGGAAACAGGAAUUUACUAUGGUGAUGAAACAUCCAUUACAAGCUCAGAUUUGUGCUAGAAUCCACACACAUCUCUAG